AUGUGUACCGAUGGGCAGUCACCGUUGAUGGAGGCUAAUGACGCCUUCCCAUGCGCCAGAGGAUGUCCUAUGGGUUUCUACUGUGAAAUGCAGGACCCCCUACUCACUCCAUCCAUGGGCAUCUGUUGCGCUAAUCGAGCCGAACUUCGACUGCUGUACGGGGACGACAAUCAUGAACAUGCUGAUCCCAUAUGGGAUCGUAAGACACCUAGAAAGAGUCCUAACACUGCAAUUUCCUCAGCAGCUCCUCCACCUCCUUCCACAACACCUGUUAUUAAUCAAGUAGAUACGACAGAACCGUUCCUCAGUGGGUCUACGGAGUCUCCCAAUAGCACCUCUCCUGUGACUAGUGGAGCGGACCUUUCGUCAUCAUUUCCUGAGCCAACUACCUUGCCGGUCGAUGCCAAUUCAGUGACUGUAGAAGCGCAAGUCACAACCGAAGAAAGCUCGACCAAAGCAAGUACUUCUGCGGAGUCAGCCAUGGGAGAAGACCAGACAAGCAGCAGCACCCUGAAUAAGGCCGAUGGACCGAUUGUAGAACAAACAACACCUACCUUGAUGCCGCUCCAACCUUUGGAUGGCUCCACAGGCCAGGUCACACCGAUUGAUCCCCCUACUGGUACAUCUCCUGAACUUCCCGCAUCGGACUCCCAGGUAAUGAGUUUAAUUGUCGAGGGCCAGGACCUCGUGGAGGGCUCCUCUGUCCCACUCGAGGACGCUCCUAUCGUUACUUCAACAGUUGACGACCACACCUUAACAGAAGAGCUUAAUGUGGAUAGUACCGAGGGAGGAGUUGGAGCACCACAGGUGGAGGAAAGCCCAUCGGCACCUGAAGAGAUGGUCCGUGAAGUUGCGGAUGUCGACUCUCCCACAAAGAAGACGGAGCAGGACUCUUUGGCAACUGAUGGCGAACAAGCGACAUUCCGCUGUCGCUCCGACUCAGUCGAUACUCAACCGACAAUUCGAUGGUAUCUUAAUGAAAAGGGUGAAUGCGAGUAUUAUCCAUGGGGAUACUGUCCAGGGGAUCGCGUUGUGGACUCGUCGACAAUUCGAACCAAAGCGGAAUGCGAACGUGAAUGUCUGAACGGGGCAAAGAACCGCACAGAAGACACUCCGUUCGCAGCCCGUCUUCCCGAAGCGACUUUGGCAGGAUCGCCUGAACAAGAUAUCGAAACAGGAACUGAUUCGCCGUCGGAAAAGCUGGAAUCGAAGGAAAAACCUGAAGAAACGCUGACUCCUGCGCCAGUGACGAACGUCACCUUAGAAGUGUCUGUCAGUCCUGGUCCCGAAGAGAAAUCCACCAGUGAUCUGUCAGCGCCCGCGCAUGACGAAACUGUGAAUGCAAUGGCGGAUCAGGAAGGCUCGAUGGAAUCCCAUUCGCAGGAAGAAUCAUCAGCCACCACUGAGACCCGUCACAGCUUCAAAGGCUAG